UCAUGGGAUGAAGCAAAUUUUCUUGGCAAUGGCCAAAUCGAAGAUUGUGGAUGCUACAUACUACCUGUUUGAAGUAGAGCUGGGCUUAAACCUCGUGUGUCCUGAGUGACCCUAUUAAUAAUGUCCCAAAAAUGUAUGCGGUUUCGUAAUAUGUGGCUGUUUGCUUCAUUGCUGCAGAUUUUGGCUCGUGGAAGCAACAUCAGUCACCAUAAUGGUGAGAGACCAUCCUGCCAACCAGGUUUCUACUGUCCAGUGGACAGUUUCAUUCCAGUCCCAUGUCCGAAGGGGACAUAUGGGUCGACAGCUGGAGCUACAUCCAUAGAAAGCUGUCUAAAGUGUCCUCCUCACCACUACUGCCCUCGAUCAGGGUUGUACAAUUCCCUGCCCUGUGGCUCUGUGGCCCAGCAGCCUUUGUCUGGCCAAGACACUUGCACCUGUCCAGGAGAGGGUCAGAGGUUUCAGCUCAGUGAUGGCCGCUGCGUUUGUUCCAUCGGCUACCAACCUGCCAACAACGCAGAUCUGUGCAUGCAGCAGGUCUACAGUGUCUGCAGAGACGGGAAAUCUCGCACACAAUAUGGAGACUGCCUUGAUAAAAAUCGGUGGUCCCUGCACUGCAGGCAUGAGGUGUGCAGAUCAGUGGAGGAUUAUCGUGGUUAUGAUGGGGAAUUGGGGCUGUGUAUUUGCAAGGAGCCUCCUGGUAGAGCUGCAUGUAGCGGCCUGUGCAGGAAAAAGUCAGCUCCUGAACUGAAGCUCCGCUGCCAUCCUCACGGAUUCAUGGAACUGGUGUGGAGCCAUGACUCUCAGUUGUCGAGCAUCUCAGGCAGUGUGCUAGAGAUGAUUUUUAAACAAUGGGAUCCCCAGGGGAACCUGCAGUGCAGCAGCCACCUCAACUCCACACGUCCCGUCUAUAUUGUUCAGACAGCAGAAGUAGGAUUCCUUGGCCUCAUCGGUGACCUCUCAGAGGAACUUCAGCAACUGUUUCCUGACAACACACAAUGGGACUCUCAGAGCUCAACUGAGGAGGACUAUGACUUCUUGCAUGUGGUGACUAGUAUUGAAAAUAUCAGUCAUGCAGGAAAAGAAAAGAAUCCCAGAAAGUGGAGAGGAGAUGAGAGGGUUAUUUGGGAAGAAGGGAGAGUUCUGAACCCAACAACGUGUCUCCAUCUGGGUGAUAUUUUACUGUUUACUGUUGACACUAAUCACUAUCCACAAUACGAUGUUAAUAACUUGUACAACACAAACAGUGACUUUGACUGGGGGGUGUUCAGAUUGCUAAAAGAAGAGCUGACACUGUCUUGGACUCCACCGACCUUCUUUUCUGUGGUCUUUAGCCAGCCUGGAGUACAUGUUUUCACACUAAGCAGCAAUCAGCACAAACACUUGUAUGUGAAAGUAAUGCCAGCAGGUGGCCAGUGUUAUGAGCCUGGCCCUUUCUUCCCUGCGGUUCCCCGUCACAUGACCAGGAUGGGAAUCAGCAGGAGACGUGAUCUGUUACUUCGACCCGACUGGCUGGUGACUGGAGGGCUGCUGUUUGGAUGCGUGGUCAUCGUCUGUUUAUGUGUUACACUGCUGAUCUUGUUCAGGGAAUAUGGGUGGCCAGGGAAGGAGCCGGUCAAAGCGCGAUAUCGCAUGUUGCAGCUGGCUUACCAAAUGGACGACUAUGCCUCAAAAGGCUCCAGGGUGAUGUCAUUUAGGAAGACUCACCGCAAACAACAAGCAAGAAUGACACAAGACUCUGUUCAGCCAGUCUGCACAGGUGCAUCUGACGAGUUCUGGGAUUAUGAACACCAGGUGGAUCUGGAGGCAUUUAGCAGCAGCACCUUCUACAGCCUCCUGCUCAAACAAAGCCUGUCUGUCACAACACAACUGGGGCGGCUCACCACUGAGGUAAAGGAGCUAUAUCAGGGAGUGCUCGGGAAAUUGCAUUUUCUCCACCCACGCAUGAUGAGCGAGGAGAGGGUGGGGGAGGGCUAUGAGAGGAUGAUGAGAGAGAUGGAGAGAGAAGUGGUGAGACGAAAGUCUUUGGCCUCACAGCUGAGAACUUUACUCGACAGUCAACUGCAGGUUCUGACCAGAGAACAGCAGGCCAAGCAGAGGGUGUACAGCGUGUUCAUGUCUCAGCUCAGAGAGUGCACCAGGCUCCUGCCCAAGAUUUAUAACAACAGCAGCCAGGCUAUCUGUGAGCUACACCAGCAAAUUUCGAUCCAGAAAUGGACUUGUCUUGUGGAUGAGAUGGGGGAGCUGGUGUCAGCAGAGUGCCAUCGUCAGGGGGCAUGGGGGUUGUUGGGUGAGGGUACCGGGGCCAAGCUACUUUGCCCUGAUACAGGAGCUGUCCUGACUAAAACUGAUAUUUUUGGUCCUGACGGGUCUCUGCGUCUGUCUCGAGCACUUCACUGUGAUUCAGUGACUGGUCUUAUACGGCCAAAUGCACACAGCCACAUGCUGCUGAGCAGCGGCCACACCAUGGCAGUGCCACCUGACUUCUUUCUUCACCCGCAGACCGGCAGAGUUAUGCCCAUCGCUGGUAACGUGGCCUAUGAUCCCACCAGCUCCACAUUAGUGCUCACAACGGACCUUUGUACAGGUGACAACAGAAAGUGGGACAGUCCCCUUCUUCCUUUCAUUCCUUACCCAUCCUCCUGCCACUUGGGCCAGCCUCUGCCCAGCAACCGAUUCAAAGGUCUCAGAACAGGGCAGAGACUGCAGCUGGGCAUGCCCAUGGCAGACCCUGACACAGGGGUCCCAGUACCUGUUAUGGCUGUAACCAUCCAUCCACAGAGUGGAUUUGUCUAUCCGCUGGGAAGGCUGCAUGUGUGUCCAGUUACCCGUCUGCCACAACCCAUACAGAUGGGUUAUCCCAUGCUGGACUCGAGGACAGGGAAUGUUGUGCUCACGAUUGGGGUCAGUUUAGAUCCAGUAACAGGAGAUGUGCUGCCAGUGGGUGGGAUCCUUCUGGCUGAGUCCUUCAUUGAACCUCUGAGUGGAAGGAUGGUGAGAGUGGGAGGAGCCAGCAUGAGGGCUGGACAGCUGGUGCCCAAUGCAGGAGGAUACCAGACUUUACUAGACAGCAAGGUAUUGAUAGAAAUGUUCAAAGCUUUGGAUCUGCUGAAGCCACUUACCGAGGAGUGGGGUUCAGAUCCAGCUUUACAAAGUACACAGUUCCAUCCCCGCAGUGAAGCUGCAAGUGCUCGGCAAGAUCAUCUUCUAGCUACAACCAAAGAACUUGAGCAAGCCUGGGAAAGAAGCCUGCAUUGCCAGCUGCAGCUGCAGACCAGACUGGAGAUGCUGCUAGACUAUAUUGUGGGUCUCCAGCAGGAUGGAGGUACUUUAGAUGCCAUCCAGAGACAUGCUGAGAGAACACAAUGA